AUGUCGAUAACAGACUUAGUUUCACAGUAUGAAUCUGACCUUCAAGCUAUCGAUAAUGAAUUGGAAUCUGUGAAGUAUACUGCAGCUAUUGACGUGAUAAAUGAUGAAAACUUGAAAUUACCAUCAGAAACAACUCACAAAGAUGAUCUUAAAACAUUAAGCAUAUCUCAGUUGAAUGAUAAACUCAAUGUAAGUGAUGACGCAUUAGCUCAAUUGAAUGGCUUAUGGAUUAUUAAAGGUUUAAUUCAAGAGAUUAGUAUAUCCUUGAAUCCUGUCGACGAACCAAACUACAGGUGUGACAAAUAUGAAUUACAAUCUAUAGUUAACAACUUAACAAAAUUAAAACAAAAAUUAUCCCAGUCCGAUGAGUCUUUAAUCAUUCUUGAUAGUUUAAAUAAAUCAUAUCAAGAUUUAAUUGAAAAAACAGGAAAACAGUUACAGUCUAAUUUCCACAUCUAUUUUCCAACUGAUGAUUCUUUCGUUAACAAUGUAUUGACAAAUGAUAUUGACAUGUCUUACAAGGAAUUCAUUGAAAUUUUUAAUCUCUUUGAAACAAUUGACUCAUCAUUUACCAUUAAAUCCUCACAUCGUAAACUCCAAUUACAAUGGGACAAAAUAUUAGAUCGAUUGAUAAAUAAAAACAAAAUAAUAACGUUAGAUCAUCAAGACGAUAAAUAUGUCUUAAAAGUCUUGAAUGAAAAAGCUGGUUUUAAAGAAUAUUGUGAAUCAAUAACCGAAUUCAUGAGCUUUGUAAAUCAAUCCAAUAUUCAAUCGUUUAAAAAUUUCUUCCUGUCGAGGAUUUCAAAUAACUUGACAAAUAAGGUUUCGGAAAAUAUAAAUAAUCUUAUUAAUCCUACCAAUGAAGAUCUAAUUCAAAGCCUAUUUGGCGUGGUUAAGUUAUCCAAAGAAUCACAUUGGAAUUUAUCAGUUGAAAGAUCAUUAUCGUCAGGAGCUGACCUUAAUAAUAAGUUGAAUGACUUAUAUCUUGAUUGGGUCGUGGAUAAGUAUAUUAAUAGGCUCAGGGAUCUUUUUAACAAUGAGUUCGGUCAAUUAACAAAAGACUUACAUGAUGAAUAUUAUUCAUUGGAGGCGGAACAAAAGCAAAUAAAUAAGAAGGCAGAAGGUGAUCAGAAUAACAGCAAUCAUGUUUCAGAUGAAAAUAAGGAUGAUUGGAAUGAAUGGGAUAAUGACGGAUGGGAUGACGAAGAAAUACCUGAGAUUGAUUCUCAAUCCGACAACCAAAGGCAAGCAGAAAAUGACUGGGACGAAGACGGCUGGGACGACGAUAGAUGGGAUGAUGGAGAAACGAAUUCCAAUAAAAGGAAAGGAAAUAAGGCAGUACAAAAGAUUUCCCAAAUGCCUUCAAGAUUACGGGAUAUAGUACUCGAAUACAAAGCAGAAUCUGGUAAGAAUAAUAUCCAACCGCUUAUUUCCGCCCUUGAAUCAUUCUCUACCAUAUCAUAUCCGUCAUUAAAUGAAUCGUUUUUAUUGUAUAAUGAUUUACAAACUUUAAACAAUUCUUUCAUGAAUGAACAGUUAACGAAAUUCUUAGACAUCAAUCUCAAACAAUGCAUUCAAUCUUUGUCUAAUGAAGUCAUAUUAAUUCUAGUCUCAAUUAAUUUGAAACAUGAUGAUUUUAUAUCGGAUUCUAGCAAUUUUGAUGAUUUUAAGCUAGACAAUGAAAACGAGAGUAAAUUGAAACUAAUUGAUAAUUGGUUCAACAAAAUGAAUAAGUCUAAGUUGAAGUCAACUAAUAGACAAAACUACAAAAGGAUCAUUUUGGACGUUAUCAGUAUAAUUCUUAAUUGGAUGAUAAAUUCUAUUAUAUCAAUGGAUGAAAUAACGGAGUACCAAUCAACCAAAUUGACCACUAUAAUCAAAAUCAUUCAACACAUAGUCAAUACGAAUUUAGUAUUGGUAGACGAAUCCAACACUACUGUGACGGCGUAUAACAAGCUCAACAACGUUUUGUUUUUGAUUAAUAAUCACUUAAAAGACAUUAUGGAGAUGUUCUACCAAGGAGAAUUCUUUGAUCUCACUACUGCUGAGUUAAUAUCCAUCAUUGAAAGUGUUUUUAUCAAAAGCGAUCUUAGAGAUAACUACAUUGAUGAAAUUCUUGAUAUAAGAAAUGUUGAAACAUAA